CAUCACAAACCUACACUUUCGUUCGGCCAGUCUUCGUCAGUAACCGACCGCACGUCGAAGCUAACGGACGCGUGUUCCAUUACAACCUGAAUUCACGAUGGCUGACGGCCCUACUAUUUGCAGCAGCUGUAACGCACCUAUUCAGGGGAGAAUCGUGACAGCCCUGAACAAGAAAUGGCACCCCGAGCACUUCACGUGCAACACCUGCAGGAAGCCGAUCGACGGCGCCAAGUUCCACCAGCAUGAAGGCGGCGUCCACUGUGUGCCUUGCUUCGCCCAGCACCACAGCCCCCGGUGCCACGGCUGCGGGGAGCCUAUCACUGACCGAGUGAUCCAGGCUCUGGGCGUGUCCUGGCACGCACACCACUUCGUGUGCGGCGGCUGCAAGGCUGAACUGGGCGGUGGUGGCUUCAUGGAACAGGCCGGCAGACCAUACUGCUCGGCGUGCUACGCGGACAAGUUCGCGGCGCGCUGUGCCGGGUGCCACUCGCCCAUCGUGGACAAGGCCAUCAUCGCGCUGGACGCCAAGUGGCACCGCGAUUGCUUCACUUGCAACAAAUGCAGAAAUCCAGUGACGGAUUCCACAUUCUCCGUCAUGGACAACAAGCCCCUCUGCGCAAAAUGCGCUUAAACCUUGCGACUUGCUAAAAUUACUAUAGUCACACAUCUUAAUACUUACUUAUUUGUUUUUGAAGAGGCCCAAUUUGCUAUUGAAAUUCACGGAUUGUCCUCAUUGAGACAAAGCGGCGAAAUUUAUAAAGUAAAACUAUGAUUAAUAUCCAGUCCAUAGGUUGCGGUGAUCGCUUAUCAUCAAGCAACAUGCGUGCUUAUUUGACCACUGACAUUUGUUGACAAUGCAAGCAAAAUAUGUUGCUGCAUAAAAAGACAUGAUAAGAUUGUGUAAUAAGAGUUGUAGGAAAAACAGAGUUUAUAUAGCUGUGUCCUGUAUAUGUAGGAUACUUAUCUAUACAUGUGAUAUAUUCGCGACGCAUCGCACCAUUUUGUUCCAAUAAGAACAACCCGUAAGAUUACUAUAGUCACACACUUAUUCAUACAGAUCGCGCCAAACUUCUAGUUCGCUCUGAAGUCGAGGCGAGUCGCGUCGCAGUAGCUCAAAAUCGACUGUACACCUGCGCGAAGUAACUUCAGAGCGUACUAGAAGUUUGGCGCGAUCUGUACUUAUUUAUAUGUAUAUAGAAGAUAUAGACCCAGUCUACCAAUAAUUAAAACAAAUAAUACUGAUGAUGAAAGAAUAAGAAUUAAAUUAUUAUCUUUGAUAAUUGAACAAUGGUACAAUGAAAAGCAAAAGCGAACGCUUUUAUUUUUAAAAUUAAAUUAAAAACAAAGUGCCAUUUGAGGGUUUUAGCUAUUUUUUUUUCCCACCAAAAUGUGUUAGUGGAACGUGAGGACAGCCAACUGUCAUUUCAAUUUGACAACUAAAAUGAUAUGUCACGUGACUGUCAAAUCUAACUAAUAACAACACAGUAGGUAUUGGUAGUCUACGUGCUGAAAUCUGUACCGCUGUUUGAAAACAAACUAGCAUUUUUUUUUAUUUUUGCCAAAAAUGCAAACUAUUUGGAAAUUAUAUUAUCGCUUUACGUGUUGAGAUUCUUGCUUUUUUAUUAUAGGAUCUAUACAUACAUGUUAUGAAGUACAGUCAUUAUGUUACGAGUUUAAAUAGACUGAGGUCUUGAAUGGUAAGGCUCCAGUGUCCUGUCUAAGUUUAAAUUGUGAUAAUAUAAGUAUAUGUAUACAGGGCUUCAUAGAAAUUGUUAUUAAGCAACGAUGUAUCGAAGUUUUAAGACAUUUUUUCAAAUUACUUUCUCUGAAGUACGUAAUAUAUUUUCUUUGUUGUGCGUUUAGAUAAAGUUAUCACUUAAGUAUCGCGCAAUGAUUUUGUUUAAGUGGAUCAUCUUAAAAAAAUAAAUUAUAUUUGGAUAUA